GCCUCCAUCAGACGGGCUCGACACUCUUUGGAGCAACAGAUAGCAGGCGAGGCAGAAGAGAGAAGAGGAGAGAAGAGGACACUCGCUCUUCUCUCUCCAUCCCUCCAUCUCUUCGACAUACUUCUCUCCUCCUCCCACCUGAACAUGGGGAUCCAACAAGUUUGAGGCUUUUCCCUCUUCCUCCUCCUCCUCCUCCCCUUGCCUCCUCCUCCAUGCGCAUUCUGCGUCGGCUUUGCUCUGGAGCUUUGGCGCACGACUUUGCGACUAGAAAACGGAGAGUGCAGGCGGGAGACACGGGACAGACUGAGGAGAUGUGGGGAUUUCUCCCUGCGCCCUCUGCCUCCCACCACCACCACCACCACGGAGGACACGCAGGUUUAAUGAUCUCUUCCUGCGAGCGCGAGUGUGCGUGCGAGCGUGUCCGUGCGGUGCACACAUGGAGCUGUGCGCUCCGAGUGUGAGCGCCGCACUCCACCCGGACACCUGCUGCUGCAGCGUCUCGCUGACAUGUGACAUUUGGUUUUUUUCCUCAAGGGAACUACAAAGGGCUCAAACGCCAAAAAGAGACAGUGUUUUAGAAGUGUGACCCCCCGCCCUCCAUUCCUCCUCCUCUUCCUCCUCUUCUCCAUCAGAGUGAAUUCAGAAUGGGUCCCGUUUGGCUUCUUCUUCUUCUGCUUCCGUCCCUCGUCGGAGCGCAGGUGACUCCAAACUUCACAUCAGGAGUCCCGGCGGAGGCGGACAGCGCUGACUCUUUAACAAGCAGCAAAGGAACCUGGGACGUCUCCACCUCGCCCUCCGGUUCCUCCAGACCCUCAGAGACUUCUGGGUUCAUUGGGACGCCCUCAGAAGCUCCCACAGCGGAGGAAGACGACUGGUCUCCAGCAGAGACCUUUCUGUACACCGGAGAACCGUCCACUCUGGAGGUGGCCCGCUGCUCACGGGCGUACAGCCUGCCAGGGCAGACCGGAUCACUGCCCGCCAGCUUCAGCGCCCCCCUGCGGCCAGCCCUGGACGCACUGGCCAACACGGCCAACUUCCUCAACAUGAUCUUCCAGGCCAGCGACCUGCGGGAGAGCACCGUGCAGGAGGACAUGGAGUGGUACCACGCGAUGGUGCGCGCCCUCCUGGAGACCGACCUGCUCAUCCGACGAGCCCUGCUCACCUUCGACGCUGACCCGACGUCCGCGGCGCCGCAGCUGGUGCUCUGCGCCUCCCACAACCCGACGGCCAAGGUGCAGACCAUCAUCCUCCAGGACUUAUCCAAGGCCUGGGAGAGCCUGCACCCGCCCGCCCCGGCCCCCGACGACAGCUGGUUCCGAAGCUUUAAAUUCCCCGAGUCCGGCCAGCCGACGGCGUCCCUGUCCAAGCGGGUGCUCCUCAACGACCUCAGCACCUUGGACACGCCCAAGUGGAGGCAGGGCGACAGCUACGUGACCAAUCACAGCGGGGUGCGCUGGGCCAGCGCUCCCUUCCUCGACUGUGAGGACGGACGCUUCGUUCCCGACUGGAUGCUCACCCUGUCCUCGUCCUUCUACGGCCUCAAGCCUGAUCUGACGCCAGAGUUCAGAGGUGUGAUCCGUGUAGAUGUCAACAUUCAAGACAUCGACUUGGACCAGUGUGCAACAGGAGACGGCUGGUUUGCCGAUACUCACCAGUGCAACCGCACCACCAUGGAGUGUGUACCAACUCCAGGCCGCGGCUUUCGACUGGGUCAGUACUGCUGCCGCUGUAAAGAGGGUUACUACAACCCAGACAUAGUCCCUCAAGUCUCAGGUGUCGACGCAGAUGGCGGCCCUUUGAACGGGACUGAUGGCGGCAAUGGAAGUAUGUGUUACCCGAACAUGCCCAUCUGUCUCCCGUGCUGGCUGGGCUGUAAGAGCUGCCAGGACGGGACGCCCUGCUGGGUGCAGGAGGCCUGGCUGCUAAGGGGCGGCGUGCUGGCCAUCCAGGGCGUCUUCAUGCUCCUCAUCUUCGUCAGCAUGCUGGUGGCCUACAGGCAUCGUCGAAACAGGAGGAUCCGGGCGUCUGGCCUCCUGCUGCUGGAGACGAUCUUGUUCGGCUCUCUGCUCCUCUACUUCCCGGUCUUCAUCAUGUACUUCAAGCCGAGUGCUUUCAGGUGUAUUCUGCUCCGCUGGGUCCGAAUGCUUGGCUUCUCCAUCGUCUACGGGACUGUCACUCUGAAAAUGUACAGGGUGCUGAAGGUGUUCCUCUCGCGCACGGCCCAGAGGGUGCCAUACUUGUCCAGCCUCCACUUGCUGAGGAUUCUGGGAGUGAUGCUGAUGACGGUCAGCUGGUUCCUGUGUGCGUGGACGGUCGGCGUCCUGCAGAACCGCGACAGGAACAUCCCGGUGUUCAUCACAACCUCCACGUCGGACGGCCGGGGUUUCAACAUGUGUUACCUGGACCGCUGGGACUACAUGAUGGCUGUGGCUGAGCUUCUGUUCCUGUGCUGGGGCAGCUCCCUGUGGACUGCCGUCAGGCCGGUGCCCUCAGCCUUCCACGAGCCUCGCUACAUGGGCAUCGCCAUCCACAACGAGCUGCUUCUCUCCUCCAUGUUUCACCUGUUCAGGUUCACCUUUCCCUCUCUCCAUCCUGAUUGGAUGUUGCUGCUCUCCUUCGCACACACCCACGUGACCAUCACUGUGACACUCGCCCUGCUCCUCAUUCCCAAGUUUCUAUAUGUGUCUAAGCCGGGAAGAGAGGAGAUUGCAGCAGAGGUGUAUGAAGAUGAAGUGGACCUUCGGCGCUCAGGCUCGUACUUCAACAGCAGUUUUCACUCUGCUUGGAGUGAACACAGUGGAGUGGACCCAGAUGACUUCCGGGAUGAACUGAAGAAGCUAUAUGCCCAGUUAGAAGUCCACAAGACCAAGAAGAUGACCGCAAACAACCCUCAUCUGUCAAAGAAGCGAAGUUCUCGAUGUGCAUUGGGGAGAUCCAUUAUUAGACGCAUUGCUGAGAUCCCAGAAAGCAUGAGCCGGCAGUGCAGCCGCGACGACAAAGAUGGAUCCUCCCAGAUUAGACUUAGUGUGAAUCGGUCCGAGUCCUUCAGGAGGGCCCCAGAUACUGUCAGUAUCAGUUACAAAAGUUCAAUGAAAUCACCAUCACGAUCACCAUCCAUGCGCAAGUCCCAAAGUGAUCAUCACUAUGUCAGGGAAAGAGACUCUUCUUUGCAUAACACAAUGUUAAAAGCCAACGCUGUGAAGAGAUCUUCCCGGCGAUCAGAGACAGAUUCCUUGGAUAUUCCACUGGGGGUCUGUAAGUCAGCCAGUGCCCAAAAUCUGUCAAUUGAUACCAAUCUCCUGCAUCCUGAUCACACCAAGCUUCAUAAGUCCUGGAGUCUAACGUCCACGACCGCCCAGUCUAUGGAGAACAUACCCAAGGUUAACAGAGCCAGCACAGUGUUGACAAGAUCCAGGCAGAGCAUUUCCAUAAGUGACCAGACCCGGAGUGCUCUCAGUCAGUCAGGGUCAUUUGAUAAGGCUGAAGUCUGUCCUUGGGAGGUGGAGCAAGAACAAUCAGGGGACAAGAACCAGAAGCAUGUCACCUAUGCAAACUCUGAAGAUGUUGAGGACAAAAGGCCACCAUCUCCAAAGACGCUUGUCUGUCCCUGGGAAAAUUUACCACCUGUAGAAAAGAAGCCUUCAGAGGAUAAAGGAAUAGGUGAAAGUGAGUCACCAAAACCACAGGCUCCUGUGUCUGCAAGUGCACCAGGGACUCCAAGACCAAAGGUCACAAAAGAUCAACGUGUCUUCUCCUUCCGCACCACCACCACCAAUAAGUGGCUGUCUGUGAAAUCAGUUAUGAGAUCUGUGGAUGCAUUAAGCAAGUACAGUAAGGAGGGAGAUUUAAAUAAAGAGGAUUCUGUUUCACAAAAAAGUCAGGAAAGUGCUUCCACAACGCCAAGAUCGAGAUCAUCUAGUAGACGUCCAAGCAUUGAAAAGAGGUCACUGCAGAAAAGAAGUAUGACGACAGCAGACAAACCAUGCCUUGUGAAGCAGAAUGCCAUCAGACUUUCCUCUGGGGAUUCUUCCGACAGAAGCCCAAGAAAGUUUGUGAUCGUAAAAUCUAAUGUCUACUCUUGGGACAUAGAUGAUAUGCAAAAAGAUGGCACUUGUGAAAAUGUGUUUUUAUCAAGGCAGAAUAGCAAACGUAGUAGUGGAAGUUCUUGGGAAACUGCCAGCAGCUGUAGAACUCCUUCAACUCACAGAAGAGGUAGUAAUCGAAUAACACCAGUCCGCAAUAUUUCCUAUAUAGAUGUGUGUCCAUGGGAUGGAGCUGGUACUUCCCAGGAAAGAGAGGGACCAAAGAACCAGCAGAGCAUUAAAGCAGAUGUCUGCCCUUGGGAAUCGGAGGUAUCUGAACCAUCUAAUGUAUGUCCGUGGGACUCUCAAGAGCAAGGGAAAGUGAGAAGACAAAGUGGUCGUGGUGAGGCGUGUCCUUGGGAAUCGCAGGAUAUUCCCGUUAUUUCUUAUACUAACACGUCCAAAGAUUCACAGACCCAACUGUCUUUGACACGUCCAGCAGAUGUAUGUCCCUGGGAGACUGCAGAAAGUCCCCAACCUUCAAUACGGAAAGAUAAUGAAUAUACCAAUGUUUGUCCAUGGGUUGUUCAGGACAAAGCUGUAGUUGUAUAUGAAAACAUAAGUCCUUUGCAGACCAAGAAAGGGCUGUCGGUGCCCCUUAAACAAGAAGUUAUGAAAGCUUCCAUCUAUCCCGGUGCAUCAAAUGAAAGUUUAAGUAAUGAGAAGCAACCCAAUGCUAAAUCACCUGCCCUGCAUUUGGGUAAACAAGUGACCAAGGCAGCAGAAAGCUGUCCAUGGGAUUUCCCUGAUCCACCAAAAGACUUAGGAAACAUUUGUCCAUGGGAAGAGGAGAACACCAAGCCAACAAAUACAGGCUCAACAACACAAAUUAAGGUAGACAUUUGUCCCUGGGAGGCUGGACAUCAAGACGAACCACAAGACUUACAAAAAGGUAUCUCGCCUUUGAGACUUGCUUCCGUACAGACUGACAGGAAAGACGACACAAGAGUAAACAUAUGUCCCUGGGAUACUGACCUCCCUGAGACAAAUGCAGCAACCAAGAUUGUGUUAAAAGGAACGGAAAAGCUGGCAGAUGUUUGUCCAUGGGAAAGUAGCGAACCAGAAUCUGGAAAGCCUCAGACCCCAGAAACAUCAGAGAGUCAUGCAAAGCAAGACACAGCUCGCACAAGUGUUUGUCCAUGGGAUACAGAGGAAGCAGGGGUAGUCACAACUGAAGUAUCAAAAAUAUCAGAGAAGCUACAAGGACAAGGAAAUUCCAAAGAAGUGUGUCUAUGUGACACAGAAGCUCCAAAGGUUCUCAAAAAGCAAGAUAGCAUACGGGCAGAUGUUUGUCCAUGGGAGACCGACGAGCCAAAGGUUCUCCAAAAGCAAGAUAGCGUACGGGCAGAUGUUUGUCCAUGGGAGACAGACGAGCCAAAGGUUCUCCAAAAGCAAGAUAGCGUACGGGCAGAUGUUUGUCCAUGGGAGACAGACGAGCCAAAGGUUCUCCAAAAGCAAGAUAGCGUACGGGCAGAUGUUUGUCCAUGGGAGACAGACGAGCCAAAGGUUCUCCAAAAGCAAGACAGCACUGAAGCAGACAUUUGUCCCUGGGAAUCCAAGGAUCCACAAACCUCAACCGAAAUCAAGGUCGAUAUUCCCAACAGUGACCAAGAUGAGGUCACAGAGACCCAGGGGUCAUUCAGUGUAGAAGACACUUCAGCAGAAAACGGCAGAGAGCAGAUAGAUGGGUCUAGAGAAAACUUAGCCCUGGGCCGGCGUGAUGCUUUGUGUCCCUGGGAGAUGGAAAGGAGCAGAUCUAGUUCAUUCACAGACAAUGCCUCAGACGUCUUUACAUGGGAGCCUGAGAAUAUUCCUGAGGAAGAUGAAGAGGACGAUGAUGCAGAAUGUGCUGCGGAGGCUUUUGUAUUCCCGCCUGACUUGUGAUCUAAAUCUAGACAGCAUUUGCUUUCACUUUUGACCCCUCCGACUAAAUCAAAGGGAUGGUGAACUCGAUAAAACCAUUUUGGUGGUACUCUGUUGAUGGUCAAGGGCAUAUUUGAAGUUCCACAGGGAGGUCAGAGUGCAGGGUCAUCUCACAAACAGCUCCCUUUCAGCUGCCAGAGCUGAAAAAACUUGGACAAUUACUUGGGCUAAUCAAAGACAGAACUUAGGGCUGUUAUUUAAAGUUGGACUAUCCAUUUGUGCCAGAUACUUGAUGAACUGGACACAAUAAGUUGUGCAAAACUGACUGAAAAAAAAAUGUAAUGCACAUAAUGCAUUAGGUCCCUCAUUAAACCAGCAAUGAACUAAAAACAUUUCUUGGCUGAUGGAAGGGGAUCUAAGGUGUUUAGAUGAAGUCCCUUUUCUUCCUGCUUCUACCCCCCCAUUUUAAAUGUAAAUGUUUUUGUGUCUUUGUAUGUUUUUAGGUGACAAUACGCAUAUUUCCCAUGUACCCAUGGCUAGGGUGAAUAUGUUACAAAACCUAAACUUAACAAGUCCACAGUGCUCGCAAACACAGCACAACAGAUGGGAGACUAAGCUUAACCAUCAUCCGCCAGAUAAAUCAGUCCAAUUUUGUUCUUUUGUGGAAGUUAUAUUUUCAAAGUACAAAUAAGUGUUAAGUGUAAAGCAGUCCGCCAGGACUACGAAGGAUGUCAAAUUACAUUUCUUUAAGUAUUAAUGAUUGAAAAAAACUAUGCAUUCCUGUUUGCUUAAGUGACUAAACGGCAAUGAUCAUUACUACUUUUGAUUCAGUCAGAAUGGGAAAAACAUUUCACCACUUUAAGAAAACAUGAUUAAAACAAAUGCAUAAAUCACCAUAAUCUCAAGACUUACACCCUAUACUAAAAAGAAAUACAGCCCUUACAGUGGAGUGAAAACUGCAUAAUCAUUUAAUAUGAGCAUUGAGAAAGUCAUGUCAAUAUUUUAUUAUGCACUGGACAUCAGUUUCUCUAAGAUGGGACAAUGAGGUUAACAUUGUGUGAAAAAUACAUGCUUUUAAAUGUUUGGUAAUUGCAAAAAUCUAUUGUGUGAAAAAUACAUGCUUUUAAAUGUUUGGUAAUUGCAAAAAUCUAAUCAAAUUGUAUAGGACACUGACCUGCUUCCAUCUCUGAAAUUAACCAAAUGUUUCAAUAAUGUGAGUUAUGAAGGUGAAGUCUCAGUUUCGAUAACAAAAGGCUGCCCCCUAUUUGCUGAUUAAUUGAAUAAUUUCUAAUUUAGGUUUUGUCACCUACAAAGGUUUUUUUGUCAGGGUUCUUUAUGCAGGUAAUGAUAUUAGUCAUUAUAGUCAUUGCUGAAAAAAAGUCACAACAGAAAUAUUCACAAAUAUUCUUCUUAUUGGAUAUAGGAUAUUCUUCUGGAUGACUAUGUUGAUAUGCAGACAGCCAGUAAUACUAGAGAAAUUAGAUCAUUUGAAAUUAAAACAAUUUACCGAUUAGUAAAAGAUAUCUUAUGAUCUGAUUUCUCAGUUUUUAACGGUGAUCCAGAAUGAAAAUCUGUGGAACUGUUUUUCUGCUUGGGGUGGAGAUUUGUUAAGAUUCAGCCGCUUACACAUGAUAGGCGGCAAAACCGCUCGGCGCCGGCCGUUCCAUUGAUUUCCUAUGGGGAGAGCGGUGGCGCCCAACUAUGCCCUGCGCUACCCAUGGCGUCGCACACCGCUCGGAUUUGCCGCUUUGUGCUGCGUUCAAAGUUCAAAUUAUUUAAACUUUGACCUAGUUGCCGCUGACCUUUCGAAAGCGCAACCAAUGAGAUAACAGCAUGGGGGAAAUAGCCAAUGGAAAUAGCUUCCUUGUCACCCUUGAUGUUGACCUGCGCAUUGCUCUCUGUGCUUUGCUCUCUGCGCCCAACUAGCAGUGCGCAGAGAGCAAAUCGCUUAUCAUGUGUAGGCGGCUUUAGGUUUUUUUAAAGUAUAAUUUAAAUUUAUUUAAAUUUGUUAAUAAUCUGCUGAACAUUCUGCGGAAUUCCGUGUGGCCCUGCUUAUGACGACUAGAUAUAUCAUUAGCUUAUAGUUUAUUUCCAUCAAGAGUUGGCCCUACAUUACAAUUUUUUGACAUUAGUGAGUACUUUUUCAAAGAGUCAUUACUCUUCAAUCGUUAAGUUUCAAAAAAGGGUUUUAUGGUGAUUUGUUUUUACAAUAUUAAAAGUUUUCUGUAUUGUUGUAAUUAAGUCACGUCUGUGCCAGCAAUUUGUGAAAUCAGGUGUCAAGUUUUUCAGCACUUUUACUACAGUGUAAUUUAGUCCCAAACAGCUGCAGUGAUUUCUUUUCAUUCAGGGAACUCAUUGUUUAAACACUGCGCCAAGUUUUUUGUCAAUAGUGUGACCUAGUUAUGUGAGCAUUGUUGCAUGUUUGUGUGUUUUUGAAUGAGCGUGCUGUAAUUUGUUGUCACGUAAAAAGAGAAUUGUUGUAACACAUCCCUUCAUUUGCAUAGAGAAACAGCUCAUGUUUUGUUUUCAAUUUUGUAUGCAAUGUCUUCUAUGAAAGAUUAUUCUGAUAAAGAAAAAUCCACUGAAAGCUACUGGUGUGAAGAGACGAAGAUGGGACACUUUAUUUUUGUAUUUCCUGAGGUCAACAUGCAGUACAUUCAUCAAAGUAAAUAAACCAUUCAAUUUCUGGAAA